AUUGAUGUUGUCUCUCUACAAUGGCAGACUUACGAGAGGGCGUACAUACAGAGAUGGAUCGACUGUGGGAAUCUAACUUGUCCGAAGACUCAGCAGAAACUCGAAAACUUUACGCUUACGCCAAACUAUGUUCUCAGAAGCCUCAUCUCUCGGUGGUGCACUGAACACAACAUUGAGCAACCCGGAGGUUACAUUAAUGGCAGGUCAAAAAACCGUGGAGACAUGUCGGUGAUCAGGGCAUUGGUUCAGAGACUCUCAAGCCGGUCAACAGAGGAUCGGAGGAAUGCUGUUUCCGAAAUCAGGUCUUUAUCAAAGAGAAGCACGGACAAUCGCAUUCUGAUUGCAGAAGCAGGAGCGAUUCCUGUAUUAGUGAAUCUUUUGACCUCAGAGGACGUUGCAACGCAGGAAAACGCAAUCACAUGCGUUCUCAACCUUUCUAUAUAUGAAAACAAUAAAGAGCUUAUAAUGUUUUCGGGUGCAGUCACCUCAAUCGUUCAAGUCCUUAGAGCCGGAACCAUGGAAGCAAGAGAAAACGCAGCUGCUACACUCUUUAGCCUUUCGUUAGCUGAUGAGAACAAGAUCUUAAUAGGCGGAUCCGGUGCGAUACCUGCCUUAGUGGAUCUGCUCGAGAACGGUACCCCGAGAGGGAAGAAAGAUGCAGCCACGGCAUUGUUCAAUCUCUGCAUUUAUCAGGGAAAUAAAGGUCGAGCAGUUAGAGCCGGAAUAGUAACUGCAUUGGUUAAGAUGCUAAGUGACUCGAGCAGCCACAGGAUGGUUGAUGAGGCUUUGACAAUACUCUCGGUCCUUGCAAGUAACCUAGACGCGAAAUCCGCGAUAGUGAAAGCGAAUACUCUGCCCGCAUUGAUAGGUAUUCUCCAAACGGAUCAAACUAGAAACCGAGAGAACGCAGCAGCAAUAUUGCUUUCGCUGUGUAAGAGAGACACCGAGAAACUGAUCACUAUCGGUAGACUUGGCGCGGUUGUACCAUUGAUGGAUCUAUCGAACAAUGGGACAGAGAGAGGCAAAAGGAAAGCGGUAUCUUUGUUAGAGCUUCUCCGUAAAGCAUGCCAAUAAAUAAUUAGUCUUCUGACAAAAAAAAACAAAAAGGUUCAUCAAGCUCUCAUUUUUAUUGAGUUUAUUAAAUUAUGUUAAUAUUCUUGUUCAAUUGAUUUGAUUUAUUUUGGGAUACUAAUUCCAUUUGUGGAAUCGAAUUUGGAGAUGGUGAGCCGAAAGGGGUGUUCGAAAAUCGAACUCUGUUUUGCUCGCUGUGUAUUUAUUUGUUACAUUUGUAAUAAAAUAUUGGAGAUGAAUGAAUAAAAGCACUGAAUUGAUACU